GAAGAACAGAUACUGACCAAGAUGGAGUUUUGAAGAGGCCAUCAUGGAGUGAAGAUUGAAGCUGUUUGAGUUUUCUGUGACCCUCCACUGAUGCUUCCUGUUCCUUUCUGCUGCUAAAGGCUGAACAUCCUCAUCCAUCCACUAGUUCUCCACGGUUCUAUCCUCUCUGUCUCAGUGAUGAAUCCCUAUGCAGAUGAUGCUUAUGAAAUUCCAUGCAGUCCAGCUAACUUCAACUCUUCUGUGGAUCAAUCUGACCCCCCAGUUAUCCAGACCACUCUCAGCUCUCUGUCUGCUUCUCCUGCUGCUGGUUUCCCUCCUGCCCAUCAUGUCCAAAUACCCAGCUCCACGCUGCACCUCCCCGCCUUCAGUCCCACAGAAUCUCAAUCCACAGAAAACCCCUACGCUCCCCCCGCUGCCCUCCACUCCCACCAGGUCUCCAUCCCAUCCCCAGACGUCCAGCCGUAUCCCCCACCGACCGAGUUCUUGGAUGAAUCGGCUCCAGAUCUGGAGUGUGCCAUUUGCUUCAGCCAGUUCAACAACGUCUUCCGCUGCCCCAAGAUGUUGAACUGCAAACACACCUUCUGCCUGGAAUGCCUGGCACGCAUGAACGUCAAGUCUUCUGAUCCCAACGCCAUCCAGUGCCCGCUGUGUCGCGGCCUGACUCCACUGCCCCCAAACGGGCUUCCCAAACUGGCCACCGACUCGGACGUCCUCUCCUACCUGCCGGCUGCCAUGCAGAGGGUCUACAGCAUCCGCUUCGUCCGCAACAAAGGGAAGCUGCAGGUCAAAAGGUCCAGCGACGGAUUGGGGCGGCAGGGCCAGAGGUCCAUCACGUCUGUGAGGAACCGCUCCCUGGAUGUGGGACUUCCCAGCCCAAAUACAGGGGGCAGUGGCAGGGAGGCAGGGGGGAUGGGUGACACUCUUUUCAGGCUGACGGGCCGGCCGCUGUGCCGGGCCUUCCUCCUGACCUCUGUGGUGAUGAUGAUGGUUCUCCUGACAGGAAUCAUAACUUACCUGCUCAUCAUGGGAAAAGAUCAGUGAGUGACCUUACAUCACUUCCUGUUUGCUUUUACAUCCAAUGAGAGGAUGAAACCAUCAAGAACUUCUUCCUUCUGUAUCAUAGAACUAAUGAAUUCAUGUUUUAAAGAAUGCUGUUACAGUAAAGCUGCACAUUUUGUAAAGGGGAGGGUGUAACGGAUGGAAAUGAGAUGGUGGAUCAGAAAUGGCGGAUGUUUAACCCACUGAUCAGGUCCACUGGGUGCCUGGUACCACUUUAGAUUCCAAUUCAAUGUUGGAAUUACUUCACCUCAUUUGAAACGCAGCACUUUGUUUUCCUGUUUAGGUCUGUCUUAGCACUGGGUUCCUCUUCAAAAUGAAAAUUCACUGCCGGACUGUUUAUUUCUUGCCGAACGAGGCAGAGAUUUCCCUUUUAAUCAAAUGUUAUUGACGGAAAUCAUGCAAACGAGCUGGGCUCUGGCUGUUCUGAAGCGAGGAACAGACCAGAGGCCCACAGAGAACCUGCGUCCGGUUCCUCCGUUUAAACAAAUUCUUACCUCAACCUGUACAGUGAGUUUCUCUCUGAGGAUCAGUCAGGUAAAUUUGCCUGCAUGUUAAAGAGUGUCCAUGCAACUGUUCACAGCGACUGUUUAUUUCUAUAAACAAGAGGUCAGUGAUGGAACUGCAUAGAAAACGGUUCUGUUUGGACUUCUGUCUCCUCUUACUUUGGUUCUCUGAGAUAUCUAUUUUAUUCCUGGACAAAUGAAGAUGUUGCACCUUCAGACUGAACUCAGGGUUUGCACUCUGGGUGAUACUUUGUGCUUUCAGACCUCUGCAGGUUGGACUGGCCUGGUACUGCGAGUACAAACACCAGGUUGACCUUUUUUGCAUGUUUAAUCCUGCUUGAUGCAGUUAUAGCCAACCUUAAAAUAGUACCAAAUAAAUAAGUGGAAAUUUCUCUAAAAUAACUGUUUUGAAUAUCAAAUAAGAUGUGAAAUAAGAAAAUGGCUUCAUUGUUUGGUUCUAAAAGGGGUUUCUGUUGAAGGCUGGAUCUUUAAAUACUGUCUGUCUAUUCAGUUUUAGUGUUCUUCUGAGGCCCUGGCCUUUUUUACUGUGCAAUGGAAAAUAAUGUUUUAUAUAUUUAUGACUCUUUUAGACAAGCUUGCACUGUCACACCUUUUUUUGUAUUAAAUUUGAAUAAA